UCAACGAACGCUUUGAAGCCCAAGAACAAAAAAUCCUGGCUAACAAACGCAAAAUUGAAGAAGAACGCUUAAAAAGAGAACAAGAAAUUAAGGAAACGGCUGGGUUAAAUCAGUCAGCCAAAAAAACCAACCCAUCACCUUUAACAAAACCAUUUGAGAAAGCGGCUAAGGAUGCUGAUUUUGCCCAAUAUUUAAGAGACACAGCCCAAUUAACUCCGAUAGAAGUUUUAAACAAUAGCAAUAUUGAGGAAUUAAGAGAACAAUUUACUAAGUCCCAGGAAAAGGAUAAAUCUACGGGAAAAGCAGAAGCAGAAAACAAAGCCCUCUACGAAAAAGAAAAAGCUUCUCGGCAAACCUUAGAAAACCAACGAGUUCAGACUCUCAAAAUUACGGCCGAACGGAUGGAUGCCCAACGACGCAGUGAAACCUUACGGGACAAUAAUGCCCAAACCGCCCUCAAUAGUAUUCUUUGGUAUCCCAU